CAGCUCCAGGUGCUCCUCGGAUAAUACCUUCAGCGUUUUUUUGACGAUGCACUGUGAGAGGCUAAUGUAUGCUAUCUCUAUCUGAUGCUUUAACAAAUCUGUCAUCAGUUGUGCAUUCAUCAUUCCCAUGGGCCACCCCCACUCCAGCACCAUGUCAACGCACCCUCGGUUCCUUUUCCUCUUUUUGGCGCCGCUCCAAGCCACAUGUGACAUGGGUCAACUGAGCGUGGCGCCCAAUCUAGAUCCCGACCUCAGAGUCUCAGCUGGACUCGUCUCUGGCAUGAUGCGCAGCCGAGAUAGAUUAGACAGCAAGAUGCGCGAGCCACCUGCAGUCGAGGUCCCAUAUACAGCGGGAAAGCCUAGAAAUUAUAAGAGGAAGCCAGCUACUAACUCAUGUCGGCCUCCAUAUACCCAUACACACAGCAACGCAACGCAGCAAACCAGAGCACACCAUCAUCAUCACAGCAACCACCUCCCACUGCCACUGCUUCGACACUUUGUGCCGCUGCCGGUACCUGUCCACUCACCCACACCGAAGAUCGUUCAACUGUGCUUGGGCCAAAAAGUAUGCCGUUGAGAGCUGAGGAAAGCCCACUGGUUGGUAGAUCAAAGAAAACGUGUAUUGUGCACAGAUUUGUUGACGUUGAGACGAGGGCGGCAAGGAGGUGUAACGCAGAAUUGAAUUUGUUCCCUACAAAACGAAGUCGAGGUGUACAGUACAUGAACCCCACUGCUUAAAUCAGCGAAUCUCCAUGAUAAAGAUGGGAAUGGCGUAUUC